GCGGCCAGCGGCUGUGUGUGCGCGCUAAUGACUGCGGAAGGUGCCUGGGGGAGGGCCUGGGGAGGGGCUAGCCAGCGCUAUCGCGCCCCCGGCACUUCCUAAGAGACUCAGCCCUUUCUCUGCAGCCGCCGCUUGAAGAUUCCACGCUUUCCCUCCAGAGGAAAGAAGCCCUCCAUCUAAAUCAGCUGUCUUCUCCACAUCCCUCCUUUUUCUUUCCGCCAGACGCCACCCCUACCCCUUCUAUUGUGUUCUGCCUUUUCAUUUUAGCCCCGCUUCCUACGUAGAGCCCUAACCUCCUUUGUAGCGAGGGCACUUGAGAAUUUCCGAGCCUCGAGUUGUAAUGGAGCUGUAUGGAAAGAUGGCCUCUGCCCAAGAUGCCAGGUAUGGCCAGAAAGACUCAUCUGAUCAGAACUUUGACUACAUGUUCAAAUUACUCAUCAUCGGCAAUAGCAGUGUGGGGAAAACAUCUUUUCUAUUCCGUUAUGCGGAUGACUCCUUUACAUCUGCAUUCGUCAGCACAGUUGGGAUCGAUUUCAAAGUAAAAACUGUAUUCAAAAAUGAAAAGAGAAUCAAGCUUCAGAUUUGGGACACAGCAGGCCAGGAAAGAUACAGGACUAUCACCACAGCCUAUUAUCGUGGAGCCAUGGGCUUUAUUUUAAUGUAUGACAUUACAAAUGAAGAAUCCUUCAAUGCAGUACAAGAUUGGUCAACUCAAAUCAAAACAUACUCUUGGGACAACGCCCAGGUUAUUCUGGUUGGAAACAAGUGUGACAUGGAAGACGAGCGGGUCAUCUCAACUGAGCGAGGUCAACAUUUAGGAGAACAGCUUGGGUUUGAGUUUUUUGAAACAAGUGCCAAAGACAACAUUAAUGUCAAGCAGACAUUUGAGCGCCUUGUGGAUAUCAUCUGCGACAAAAUGUCAGAGAGUUUGGAGACUGAUCCUGCCAUCACUGCUGCAAAGCAGAACACGAGACUCAAGGAAACUCCUCCUCCACCGCAGCCCAACUGUGCCUGCUAGUGUCCCCGUGCACACAGGCAGCUCCAGGGGGCUCUGGUUGCCAACAAACAGCAUUUGUAAAUGGUCUAUUAGCCUUCAUUUAUACUGCCUAAUAAUUAUUUGAAGGAAUAAAUUGAUGUCAAUGGCUCGUACGCAUUCAAUUCUUGGGAGCUUUCCUGUUUAAUAUGUGGCAAAUAUGUGAUCUUAAAUUUGUAAGGACUAUCCAUCUAUAAACAUCUGGUACCUGCAUGUGACUUGUUAUUUAUUUGUCUGCUAGGCUCUUUUUGUUUCAAAUUUGUUCUCAGACUACUUCUGGGACAUCAGACUAUAAUCUCACUACAACUGGCUUUUGUCCCAUUGAUUCAAAUUAUGCUAUUCACUUGUAGGAAUGAUGACCAAGGAAUUGCUUGUGUGUGUGUGUGUGUGUGUGUGUGUGUGCUCACGCACGUGCCCGCGUGCGUGCAGAGGAAGAAGUCACAAGACUUCAUUUGCUUUACUCUUAGUUGAAAAUCAAAUGGAAGUUUUUCUCAUGAUUAGGGACGCUGUCAUGAGUCUGGUCAGUUUACUGUUGGGAACUGUCUUUAUUUCACUGUUCUUAAUAACCGAGGAGAUCAUUGGCCUAUAAAGAAAUUGAAAUUUUGUUUUUAAGGUCCUUGCAAUUUUCGUAAGUCAUUAAUAUUACCUGACUGGGGCUAUUUAACAAUAAUCUCCGUUUACACGUUUAAAUAAGCAAAUACCUACCCAGGACUGCUUUUUCCACUGAUCCUUCCCAAUUCUGUGAAUAUUCAACAUCAUUGAACAGAUUGAGACAUAUCUACUGAAUGCCAGUUAUGCAACAAGCAUUUUAACCAAGAAGGGUAUGAGUAGCUAUGGAAUUCCAAGGUCCAAGCCCCCUUAUUUUUCAAUGACUUGCCUUCCCCAACCCCCAUAAUGCACACCACCACCACCAUCACUUUCUGGAAGCAUCACCAACUCUUGGACUAGAGCUUAUGUUGAAGCUUGUUAGGGCUCCUCUUUCCAUAGGAUAUAGACUUGCCUCCCCAAACACGGCCAUCUUCUCAAACCUCAGCUAAGUUCUUUUACCUGUUUAGAUGCUAUUUAAAUCAGAUUUCAAAGGGUCCCCAGUUGAGAAAAAGGAAAAUUUUAAUCUUUAAUCAUCUUUUUAAGUCCAGAUGUUCAUAAAUUCUAAAGCAUAUUCCUAUUACGUGAAUGCUUAAGUUACACAGAAAACAUUCUGUAACUGUAGUAUUUCAAUUUCAGAAAUAUUUAGGGUCCAUAGCAAUUUAAAGAGGGAGGAAACCACUGGAACAUUCUAAUUUUGUAUCACAAACUUCCUAAAGGACCUAUAUGAAUAAAGAGAAAACAACAAAUCCUACCAGCUGUACAGAGAGCAACAGGGAAACUUGGCCUCUGUAUCAUUGUCCAGCAUUAUUUAAAGCUAGGAUUUAGGAAGGCAGCAGGAAUUAUUUGGCAGAUUUGGGAGGAUAGUUUCGUUAAGUGAACUUUCUCCUUUUUUGGUGGUUAUGUCAAAGAGUUUUUUUCCUCUUUUCAAAAAUAGAGAGGCUUCCCGUGAAAGUAUUGGAUGCAAGUGAAACAGGCAUACAUCUAAAGAUAUCUCUGGAGAAUAAAUCCUUACAAGUCACAGAACUAGGUCACACACAUUAGUAAGUUAAAAGUUGGAAAUUAGGGGAGAGAGCGUUUGGAAUGCUUUAAGCAUUUCCAUGGUAUUUCUCACCUUCCUAGUUGAAGAUCCACUAAUCAGUAGUACACUUCUACUUUGGCGCCCUACAAAGCAAGCCUUAGCAUAGUAAAGACAAGAAAACAUUAAUGUUUUAUUAGUUUUAACGGGGCAACCAACUUCAAAAUCACAGGAAUUACAGUGACAGGAGAGAAAGAAGCAGGGGGCAUAAAAACAGAUUUGUUUGCAGCAGUAGUCUGUUUGUACAAUGUUAUAAUAUUUCUGUAACUUGGGCCAGAAUGUGGCCAUGUUAAAUGAUAUAGCUAUUAAGCUCACUUUUACAAUCUAAAAGGAACUAAUAAAGCCGGGAAACCCUUCCCAUCCUCCUUCACAGCCCUCAUCCCACACAUAUAGAUAGAUGUAAAAAGCUUAGAAAGAAUAUUUUGAUGGCUUUUUCAGAAGGACCUUGAUGUGUGUAUUGUGGUAAAAUGAAAAGCAAAAUGAGACAGUAUUUAAAAGUGAAAGAGCAGAGUUUUGCUCUGCUGAAAACUCCUUCCCUGAAGAACUGAUUGCUGUUGAAAUUAAUUGGCCCUUAGACCGGAAGCCCUAAGCCAAGCUCCCACUUACACAGUGUCAAACAUCCCGAAGUGGAAACAUUUUAUGCCAGUCAGGGGAGAGACAUGCAAAAAUAGCCCAAAUGUCAUUGCCAAGAAACAUCUGAUACUUUCUAAUUUCUAAACCCCAAUGGAAGUGAAGCCUUUUUCAUUGAUUCUCAGUUCUGGAACUCCCACCCUGUUAGGAUUUCCAUUCCAAAUAAUUCAAUGAGAGGUUUCCAGAGAAGCAGUCACAGAGCUCAAGAGAAAGAACACUUAAAUGCUCCUGCUGUAAUUGCAUCAAAAAAUCUGGGUUUUAACAUCAAAUUUGGCAAAUGGUGGGACCAACCCAAGGUUAACUAAGUGGGCUUUCAUUGGCAUUGAGCUAUGUUACUUAUAAAUUAUAACACUAUAGUUCCAAGGUUUUUCAGCCCUUUGGCCAACACACACACACACACACACACACACACACACACACUAUACCAUCAUCUAUCAAUAGUCUAAAUAUAUACAUCAAUGCAGGUCAUUUUUAUCAAUGGCCUAACUAAAUUUAUAUUUAAAAGAACAAGACUUUUAAAAAGUACAUACUCCUGUUGGUUUGUAAGUUAUACACAUUUAUCUCUUGUCUUUGAUGCAAUUAAAUUUGUGUUUUAAGUAUGAAUUUAUUUUCCUUUGCUACUCAUUAGCUGACCACUUUCACUCCUCUAAAUACCCUUAGGAAUAAACCUGAACUGUUCCAAAUCGAUUCUUCCAAGAGCUUUGGUGUUGGCACCUUCCUUUCUUUUCCUAAUGCAACUGAAAAAUUGGACUGAAAAUUAUUUGACUUAAAUAGCCAUCCUCAGAGUGAAUCAGCAUUUCAUUUUUUGGAAAUGGGGAUGGAAGUAGAAGGUGCACAAAGCAUCCUAAGAUGGCAGUUUGAAUGUUAGCAUCACAUCUACACGCUCAUAAGAGGAAUUGCUUCAGGACAAUGAAUCAGUUCAUUGUCGCUGCCCCCAAUGAACAGCUCCAACUGCCUUGAUGAACUUCUAAUGACUGUGAAAGCUAGGAGGUUCUUCUAGUUCCUCCUUAGGGUCACUUGAAGUUCAGUAAUUUUUUGCUGCCUGGUAACUAAGUGCUAAGAUUUUUACUUGGAAAGAAAACUAUGACAAUACCUUCAGUUGUAGCAGAAAGUUGUGGCAUUGUGAUAAUAAACAAAAUCUACAAAGUUACAACCCAAAUUAUACAAGACAUCAAUAUACUCAGUAAACAAAUAUAUAUUUCACCUACUUAAAUCUUACUCAUAUUAAUUAUAGGCCUUUUGUUUAGUACACUGGUUAUUUUUUAAGGAACCAAUUUAAACUUUCAAUUUUAAAUACAUCUAUGCUGACGAUAGACUUUCGGGUAUACACAACCUUCUUCUCUUUUAAAAGUUAAAUACAUUCUACUAUUAACUGAACUUCCAUGAAGCAACAUUAAUUUUAGAGCAUGGUAGUCCAUAAUCAGUGGUUCAUUGUGAUGUGCUUUAUCCAACAUGUAUCUUAGUGCAUGGUUGAGGAUGUACUAUGUGAUAUUUUAGUUAACAGUGUGGCAUUUGUGGGACUAUAUUAAAAGCAUAUCCAAACUACCACGCUAUACCAAGCUGAAGUAGGUAACACGUGCAUGUGAAAAACUGUGAUAUGAAUCUUAUUUAUAAAAAAAGUAAUAACUAAAACCCUUCUAGACCAAAAAGUUACUGUGUGUUUGUUAAUAAUCUUCAUAGUACUACUGGAAUGCUCAAUCAGGUAUUUUUGGUGUGGCAUACUUCAGAGCUGGCCUGUCCAUCUGAAGAACCCUUUCUCUCACAAUUACAGUUUGCAUGACUAGAACCCAGAACUCUGUUCCUUUGCGUGUAUAGUCACUUAGUGUGCUGUCCAGGUGCCACAUGAGCAACUACACCCAUGUGGCCUUUCUGUCACUCCCUGGAAAAUGCAACCUCUACAGCUCUGCUCAGCUCUGCCUGUGUGCAUUGAUUACCUUCGCUUUAGUAGUUUGCCUGUAAAAUGGUGAAGUCUUUCUGAUAUGCUGAACCUUUGAGCCAGCUUUUGGGAGUUCUUCAUAUUUUAGGUGAAUUUUUGACCAAAGUCAAUUAAAGACAUAAACCUGUUUUAUAUCAUGGAAUUUACUGGGC